CACACCCAUGAUGUUAUUAUGUCUUAACACCGAACGUGCGACAGUCUGUCUGUUAUAUGAUUUGUCACGGUGAGUACCAGAGUGCGGUGCUCCUGGCUUCCAUACUUGAAUGCCGUGAGGGUAUUCGAAGGAGCCGAGUGAAGCCUGAAUGAUCAUCCUAGGGUACCGUGAACUCGCCGCUCGCUUCAAGCAAAUUCUUAAUAUUAUGAUCAACCUAACCAAACAACUUGCUCUCCCUAUAUAAUGUGCAGUGUUCCAGCGACUCAUUUCAACCCAAACACAAUCAACAAAUCAUCUCUCCUAUUGAACGUGCAAUCAUGGUUUUCUACGCAUAUGUAAAACAGGUCACCGACAACUCGACCUAUCGAUACGUGAUUGUCUUCGCUAGCCGUGCAGUUGCGGAUGACUGGUGGCGCGCCGUAUCCACAAGCUCCGUCGUUAAGUUCACGGAGAGUAUUCGGCGUGUCAAUGCCCAGUUCUACACCCAUGACGUGAACCUGGCCAACGCUGCCAACUCCCUCACCACGACUGGGGUUGCGACCCAAUUCCUCGGCAAGGUGUUUUUCACGUUGCAGUACGACCUAGGUGGUCGCAUAUUGAGCAUCAUCCCGCCGCUUGAUAAUAAUUUUGUGGACCACAUUAGUGGGAACUCUUUCUUCAUUCGCUCUAAAGCCUCUCCUAACGAGCACUGGUACUGUCCCCUCCAAGGGACGAAAUCGGUCUAUGUUUCCAACACCGAACGCACUCGUUUCCGUAUUAGUCGCACCAGCAGCAGUACUGCAGGGACCGUCAUGGUUGGCUCUGACGAGAUCGUUAUCACGUUGACCGCCGUCAAUCUGUCCAUUAACGUCCUCCCUGAAAACGGUCAAGUGAUAGUUUCAAAUGCUCCUAGGACGGGGUUGAAGUUUAGUGACUUUUUGGGCAAAUUCAGCACCGGAGCUAUCUUGUAUAAGGACGGUAAGAGCUUGGGCUCGAGGGAGCUCUUCUACAUGGAAGACGGGGAAGAGUGGGAACUCGUUUGAACUGUUGUCAUUUGACAUUAGCAAAGGGCUUGCAUUUGACACAAAGUUGUCUUGUACUGUUAGUGAUACCGAAGCAAUUGCAUUUUUGUUGAACGCCUGCAA